AUGUCCGACCCUCAACCAAGAAAGUCAAUUUACGCUGGUGCUGAUGAAGCUCGGCUCCGAAAGCAGCGAAAGGAGCGUAAAGAAGACAUGAAAACGGCGAUGCUUCGAAAGCCAAUCUUGAGACCGAAGUGCGGAUACAGCAGAAUUCGAGUUGAGGAGCUUUCACAGCCAAAAUCUGAUAAAAUGGAAGACGACACCCGCCCAAUUCCCAUCGUUCCAUGGGGAAAUCAAGAACCCCUCCAGCCCAUUACUUCCGCGACACUCAAGGCUAUCCCGUCUAAAAGAAUCGAGGAACUUGCGGUGCCAAAGAAGAGUUUCGUAAAGCCCGAACUGGUCCCCUACGAUUUGUACGUCUAUUCCUGCGGACGAAGCUCUCCCAUUCAGAAAAAGGAAUCUGACCAGAAGUGA